AUGACAACCUUGAAGUUCGUUCCCUACUCAAGUGCAUUCGAUACAGGAUUUUGGCAUGAAUUAACACGUCGAAAACUUGAUAUCUACCGACUUGAUUCAUCCGAUCAAGCGAUAUUUGGUUACUACUCCAAUGAUGCGAAUGAUAAUAUGCCAGUGUUGUUUAAUGUCGAUCACCAAUGUUUCGAUGAAAAGAACCAAAAUUCCUAUCAACAACAACAGUACUCUGUCAACGGAACUCUGAAACUUGUCAAUACAAUCGAAGAGUUCAAAGCGUUCGAUAUUGACAGUGCAUUGAAGGCUGAAAGCACUCUUCUUUGGAACGACUUCAUUCAUGGUCGAGCGUUGGUAGAUCCACAAAAACUCAAUCGAUUCUAUCUUUUAAUCUUUGCGGAUUUGAAAAAGUAUAUUUAUCAUUAUUGGUUCGCAUUUCCAACAUUUCUUGUUCCUACUUCAUUUAAUUUAUUAAAUCAAGUGCAAUCAAUCGGAGAACGGUUUUCUGCCGACGAAAUAACAACAAUAUCGAAUUUGUUGAAUUCUAAUCAAUCCCAUGCGUGUUGUCUUCAUCGUCAACAAUCCGUCAUAAGUUUAAAACAAGCGGUUCAGCAACUCAAUGAUCAACCACAAUCAACGGCAGAAUAUCUUUUCAUUAUAAAUGAUCCAAGUACAGAUCCUGUACAUCCAGGAUGGCCAGUACGAAACCUACUGACAUUACUUUACUAUCAUUUACAAUCUGUAGAAGAGUUGAAUGUUAUCUGUUGGAGAGAAAGAUUUCGUGAUGGUCAACGGUAUGUGAAGCAUUCUUUAUAUCUGCAAUUAAAGCCGGAAUCAAUUCACAAUCUGAAUGAUGCGAUUCCGCCGACGACUGGUUGGGAAAAAAAUGAACGGCAGCGACUUGGUUCUCGUCAAGUUAAUUUAAGUACAUCGAUGAAUCCAAUUCAUUUAGCUGAAACAGCUGUCGGGCUCAAUCUUAAAUUAAUGAAAUGGCGUCUCGCACCUGAGAUUGAUCUAGAAUGUCUAGAGCAGACACGCUGUUUGCUCUUAGGAGCUGGAACACUCGGCUGCAAUGUAGCGCGAUGUUUAAUGGGCUGGGGUGUUAAACACAUAACAUUCGUUGAUAAUAGUCGAAUAUCGUAUUCAAAUCCUGUUCGGCAAACUUUAUUUACGUUUCAAGAUUCAUGUGACAAUAAACCAAAAGCACAAGCAGCGGCUGAUGCAUUGAAAAUCAUCUACCCUGGCAUUAAAUCUAUGGGAUACGAUUUGACAAUUCCUAUGCCUGGUCAUGCCGUUGGGGAUUCAACGAUGGAGAAAGUCAAGGAUGAUGUGAAACUCUUACAAGAUUUAAUUCGUCAACAUGAUGUGAUAUUCCUGUUAACUGAUUCACGUGAGUCACGCUGGUUACCGACAGUAAUCGCAUCCGCAGAACAAAAGAUUGUCAUGUGCUGUGCGGUUGGCUUCGAUUCCUAUGUAAUCAUUCGUCAUGGUGUUCCUACGACAGAAUCGAACGCAUCCUCAACGAGAUAUAAAAAUAUCCUAUCUGGUGAUAAACUCGGCUGCUAUUUUUGUAAUGACGUUGUAGCCCCUGGUGAUAGUUCAGUUGAUCGGACACUCGAUCAACAAUGUACAGUAACUCGACCUGGCAUUUCAAUGAUGGCCAGUGCAUUAUCAGUUGAAUUACUUGUUUCAAUUCUACAACAUCCGCUUCGUGGUCAAUGUCCAGCAUUGAUUCGUGCUGAUCUCGAAGAGUCUGUUCCGGAAGCAGUUUCAUGCCUUGGCAUUGUUCCACAUACUAUACGUGGAUUUCUCGGACGAUAUUCAACAGUUUUACCAACUGGCGAAGCAUUUUCCCAAUGUGUGGCUUGUUCACCAAUAGUUCGUCAAGCAUUUCAAGAGAAUGGUUUUUCAUUUCUAAUGAAAGUUUUUAAUGAGUUGAACUAUUUGGAAGAUUUAACCGGUCUACGCGCUAUGCAAUUAGCUACUGACAUUAGUGAAAUCAUCGAAUUGAGUGAUGAUGAAGAAAUCCAGUAG